UCAAUUUUUUGUUGCAUGUACAUUAUUGAAUUGCCCUACUCACUUAUCGUUAUUUUAUAAAUUAGCAUAAUAAGGUCAAAGAUCAUUUCAACUCUACUUUUUUUUAAAUCUCGAGACCACAGAUCAACCACUUGAGACUUGAAGUUUGCACAGAUUUGUAUAAGAAAAGAAAAGAAGAAUUUAUCAUAGAUUACAAUGUAUAUAUACUAUAGGUUAUAUUACAGUAUCAACGUAAUUUCAAUAAAUGUGGUGAUAAAAUUAUAUUUAAAAUAACUGAUCGAUAAAAAUCAAUAUGGAUACACUCAACGGACAUGUUAUGAAUUUAGCGAACAGCAUUAUUGGUGUUAGUGUACUUGCAAUGCCUUAUUGUUUCAAGGAAUGUGGAAUUAUAUUAUCAAUAAUAUUAUUAUUAAUAAGCAGUAUCGUUUCGAGACUAACGUGUCAUUACUUACUUAAAUCUGCAAUUAUAUCGAGAAGAAAGACGUUUGAAUUUCUGGCGUUCCACCUGUUUGGUAGCUUAGGAAAGCUUGCUAUAGAAAUAGGAAUGAUUGGUUUUCUACUUGGUACCUGCAUAGCAUUUUUUGUGGUAAUGGGAGAUCUAGGACCAUUAAUAAUAUCAGAAGUAACGCAAGCACAAAUUACAUCUACAACUCGUACCAGCAUUUUAUUAGCUUUAGCUCUAUUUGUGGUUUUACCACUUGGACUUUUAAGGAAUAUACAUAGUUUGAAUAGUGUAUCAAAAGCUACUAUGGUGUUUUAUUGUUGUUUAGUUCUUAGAAUCAUUAUUGAAGCCUUGCCGCAACUAUUUGAAGACAAUUGGUAUAACAAAGUCAACUUGUGGAGACCAGAAGGCUUAUUACAGUGUAUUCCAAUUUUCUCUAUGGCACUGUUUUGCCAAACACAGUUAUUUGAAAUAUAUGAUGUAGUUCCAAAUGCAACACUUGAUAAAAUGAACAAUUUAAUAAGACAUGCUGUUAAUUUUUGUACAGGAGUAUACAUCUGUGUAGGUUUGUUUGGAUAUAUAGCUUUUGUUAACAAAUCUUUCACAGGAAAUAUUUUAUUAAGUUUUGAACCAGGGUUUAUAUCACAUGUUAUGAAAGUGGGAUUUAUAUUUUCAAUUGCUUUUAGUUUCCCUUUGGUUAUAUUUCCAUGUAGAGCUAGUAUUUACUCAUGUUUAUUUAAAGAAGGUUAUUCUGUACAUGAAGGUAGUGUAAACUAUAUACCAGAGGGCAAAUUUAAAGGCCUCACUUUGUUAAUAGUAACUAUUUCUCUGACAGUUGGUAUUCUAAUUCCAAAUAUUGAACUAGUACUAAGUUUAGUAGGUUCCACUAUUGGUGUGAUGAUAUGUGUCCUCUUUCCCGUUACUGCUUUCAUCUGUGUUUCUCAAAAAAACACAAAUGAAAGACUUCUAGCACAAUUUUUGUUAAUGGUUGGUGUAUUUGUAAUGGUUGUUGGAACAUAUAGAAAUAUGCAAACUGUAGAUAGUCUACGACCUCAACUAGAGCUCAUUACUAGUAAAUCUCUACAUGAAUUAGAACAAAAUCAAGUCAAUAUUGAAAAAAGUAUAAAGAAGUUGCCUGUAACAGAAAAAAUUGAAAUAAAACCUGAAAUAAUAACUAGUGAUGAAGUUGUUAAAGAAGUCAGACAUGAACCGCCACAGCCUGUGGAGCCUGUAGAAGAGGAACCCGAAAAAAAGUUGAUACCUCAAGUUCCUAAAAAAAUAAAGAAUAUGUUACAACAAGAACAAGUGAAAAAAUCGGUUGAAGAAAUUAAACCCGCUCUUGUUGCCAGAGAUAUAUUAAAUGAUACAAAGAAUGAACAAGUGGAUAUAGAAGCUAUAAAAAAAGAGGAUAAAGAAGAAUUGCUACUGAUAGAAAAAUUAGAAACGUUUAAAGAGAAAGAACAUACAGAUGAACAUAAAGCAUUAAUAGAAUCAAUACAAAAACAAAAUGAAGUCCAAAAGGAAAUUGUUGAACAGCAAAAACAAUUACUCGAGGUGAUAAAGAAACAACAAGAGACAGAGAGUGAACAAAAAUUAGACGAAGUGAAACAAGAAAAAAUGAAAGCAGUGAAGCAAAUUGAAAUUAUCGCUCUCAAAGCUAUAGAAAAAAUUAGUGAAGGUGAAGAUGCCAAGAAAGUUGUAGAUGGUAUGAAAGAAGGUAUAGAGAAAAGUAAACUUAUAAAUCCAGAUACCAAGCAAAAUGUAGAUAAUCAGAUAGAUCAUAGUAAAAAAAUCACGAUGGAUAAAGUGCCUGCUAGAAUUAAAGAAAAGGAACAGUUUGAAAAAAAUGUUCAGGAAGUUAAAAUAGAAGUACAAGAAUUGAGUUCUCAAUUAAAUGAAAUAGAUCAAAAUUUGAAAAACAAGCAUGGUAAUGAUAUAUCUCAACAACAUCUAAAUACAGAAAACAAACUUGAACCAAAACGCAAUAUAAAUAAGCAUAAUGAUAAAAAAAGAAACAACGAAAAACCAAAAAAAUUGACAAAACAAAACAAUUCCGGUAAAGAAACUGAAUCUUUAAAUCCAUCUAAAAAUGGUUCCUUGUACUUGAAAGUCGGUGCAAGUGAUAUAAAAAUUAGUGACGACAACAAUCCUGCUAAACUUCUACCAUUGCCUAUAGCAAUAUCCAAUUCAAAUAAAAAAAAUGACAAUACUGUAGAUGGAAAUGGAACAAAAAAAGACAAAAAUAAAAUUGUUGAUAAUAAACAGUCGAGUAAUGAAGUUCAAGCUUUAAGAAGAGAUAUUCUUAGUAUAUCAACAAAUUAAAAAAUAAAAUUAUUAAAAUGACUGCUAACCAUUUCAUAUUUAUUAUUCUUUUAACUUUCAGUAUUUUUGUAUUUGUUUUGACAUUUUUGACUUUUUUUCUUAUUAUUAGUAAAAAAUUUUAUUUGUGGUGUAAUUGAUAGUGAUAAAUGCAUAUAUGUAAUACUUCUGUAUGGACAGUUUCUAUAAGUGGAAGUUGUUCCGACUAAGGAAGACAGAAUAAUAACGCUUUCUCUAUCCUCCGAGGUUCCAGCUCGGUUCCACGCAUUCUCAAGCAUGCGCGGUAUAGAUAAGGUGUCUCGAAAGAGAGAGAAAAUGAAUGUUGUCGGCACCGUAACGUAGGGACGUUUUUUCCCAUAGCAACUGUCCAUAUAGGAGUAUUACAUAUAUGGAUAAAUGAUGGUUUAGGCUAAGAUUCAUAGAAAAUAGUUUAUUGCGAAAUUUCCUAUUUAACUUAUUAAAAUCAGAAUUAUUCAUAUCUCACUCAUAUUUCAAAAGUGGCAUAUUCUAAAAAAAUUGACAUUUUCCGUCCAAUGUAUACUUUAAGAUUAUGUUGAUUUAAUAGUGGUAUAUAAUUAGUACUAACAAAUUUCGCGUGAGGCGCCAAGAGUCACUAUUGCAAUGAGUUACUUGCGACUGUAUGUACCAUGAACAGUGCCGUAGGCCAAUAUAUAUUUUUAUAAUAUAAAGAAUCUUCAGACGCAGAUCAGUAACAACUUAAGACAGAGACAUAAAUGGAAUACAAGUUUUAUCUUCAAAUAUAAAAGUCUUGAGAUACGAGUGAAAACCUUCUAUGAGAGUGAAUAUUUCCCAUAAAUGUAGUACUCCUAUACGGACAGUUUCAAUAAGUGAAAGUAUUCCGACUAAAUGAAACAAAUAGUGUAUCGUUCUCUCUCCUCGGAGCGCUUCAGUUAGUUCUUCGCAUCUUCUGCGUGCAUGAAGCAUGCGCAGUACAGAUUAAGUGUCUCGAAAGAGACAGAAAAUGAAUAUUUUCGGCACCGUAACGUAGGGACGUUUUUUUCCCAUAAGACCUAUCCAUAUAGGAGUAUUACAUACAUGAGAUUUCCAAGAGGUGGUUAUGAGAAAAAUAAGAAGAAAAAAUGCAUAAAUUUGGUUCUGACCCCGGCCUACACAACUAAGUCAAUGAUUGACGCAAACAAAAAAUAUUUAUUAUCUUUAGUUGAAUGUGAUUUCCAAGUAAUACCAAUGUUGGGCUACGCUAGAUUUGAGAAAAUCAUUUUAAUUUAAAAUCCUCGUUCCACGUUGCUCAAUAUCAUUUUGUGUUUUUUUUAUGUUCUUCCUUACAUUAAACGGAGAUUUACUUAAGUUUAAACACAACUUUAGUUUAAACAUUUUUGGGUUUGCUAAUUUCGUGUUUUUUUUUUCUUACAUUAAACUAAAAUUUAAAUCAAGUCAAAGAUAUCUUUAAAUCUGUAUGGUUAGGUCAACUGAUUCAGAAAACAUUUCAUUUAUAAUAGUUUUUGUUUCGUAUUUCCUUUAAAAUUAGUAUCUAUGAAUUUAUGGAACUAUUGAAUUAGGGGUGCGAUAUGACAAAUAUAUAUUAUAAUUUUUUAGGGCUUUGUCUCACGAAAUUUCGGAUUUUCACUUCAAUUAUGUUUCUUAGUUAAUAAAAAUUUUCAUACAGGGUAUAUUAUAUCGCUAGUCCUUCAGCAAACUGGCAUGUAUUCAUGUAUAACUUCAUUGCAAUUAUUUUUGACACAUUGUAAUUGCAGUUACUGUAACUACCAUUUCAAUUGUAAUGUAAAUAACAAAAUGUGAUAUUUAUAAUCAUUGACUGUGAUUUACGUAUUAUUUAAAAUCUAAUGUAAAAGAUGUAAUAGACUGUAUCGAAGAAUGAUUUUAAAAAUAAAAAAAUAUGAA